AUGACGUUCUUUCCUAAACUAAUAGUACUGAUGUGGGCCGACUUACUAGCGUUAUAUGUGAUGUGGAUGAUGAUGUUUUACUUAACAAAUGUAUGGAAACUCGGGUUCACUCACGCCGCCGCAAUCGUAAACAUCUUCACCGGAGCAUGGACCAUGAUGCUUUUACCUAUGGAAUAUUUGGUGGACGCAUUCAUGGGAAGUUACUUAAUCUUACUUCUUUCAAGCAUCUCUUACAGUCUUGGUAUGGGUUUUUUAUGGAUGUCAACUCCCCCAAUUCUGGGUAAAUCCCACGGUCUUUGCGGCGAAUAUCUGCCCGAAUGCAUAGGAGAUGAACAAAGAGUUCUAUUCUAUGCCGGUCUAGCUUUGAUAGCUAUUGGUCUUUCCGGUCAUUUGGUUUCUUUGGGUCCUUUUACGGCCGCACAAUUCACUGAAGACAUGCUUGAAAACAUGACCGUACGUGAAGGCUUGGUCGUUUCGGUUCGGGUUGUCUGCGUUGUGUACGGUGGUGGGUACAUUAGUGUUCUUUGUUGGUUCGUACGACCCAAGAAUGUUAAGGAUUUAUACGAGAUACCUGAUCUUGAUGAACAUCAAUUGAUUCCUCAUAGCCGUAGUCUCAGGUGUUUAGACAAGGCUGCAAUCAUAUUGCCAAGAAUAUCAACAGAAGAACAAGCAAAGAAUAGAUGGAGACUAUGUAGAGUAACAGAAGUGGAAGAGAUCAAGAUGUGUCUAAGAUUGAUCCCAAUAGGCAUAAUCUUCAUUUUUUAUGGUGUGGUUUCAGCCAUUGGGAACUCAUAUUUUCUAAUCCAAUCAAACCACCUAAACGAAAAACUCGGUCGCCUCCCCAUCCCAGCCACACUUCUCUUUGUCAUAUACGACUCGUCAAAGACUCAAUUCGGAGACCUAUAUUACAAACUCGCAAACAAAUUAGGUGGAUCAGGGUCGAGACAUUACGCUCCGCCAAUUGGUAUCGCAAUCUCAAUGAUAUUUUCGGUUAUUUGUUGUGUUGUGGCAGCGAAAGUUGAAGCUAGACGGCUAGGCAUUGUGAUCAGCCACGGUUUGAUCGAUAAGCCAGAUGACAAAAUCCCCAUGUCAAUAUUCUGGCUACUACCACAGUUUGUUCUUCUAGGGGCGGUAGAUGGGAUUCUCGAAACAAGCUUGUGUGAUUUCUUAAUGGAUCAAGUCGGGCCAUCGAUGCAAGGACAUAUACUUCAAUUUGCUUUUGGGGUUUUGGGGAUGGGACAUAUGGGGAGUGUGUUGGCGGUUUAUGUAGCUGGGAAGGUUAGCGAAAAAGUAGGGAAGACAGGGUGGUUUCAACAUACUUUGAAUAAGAGUCGUCUCGAUAAAUAUUAUUUGACUUUAGCAUGGCUAAGUGCAGUGAAUCUUGGGAUUUAUGUGGUGAUGGCGUUGUUAUUUGCGUAUCAGAAGUCGAGAAUUGAGGAAGAUCAAGAGGCUCCGGAGGAGGAAGAAGACGAGAAUGUGGGAGGAAACGGUAGCCAAGGUCCUUUCCAAGACGAUGCUCAAUGUUUUUGUUGUUGUUAA